AUGGCAAUCUCCUCCCCGAUUACAUCCUCCAACUUCGAACAUUCUGCGAUAAUAUUAGCAUUACGGCUUGUCGCCAAAUGCUUUAAUACUAUCCAAUCUUCUGUCGGAGAUGCAUUCCUCAAAGCAGCUCAUGAAAUCGAGCCUUCACGAGGCGAGGAAGAGAUGCUCAAUGCUUUUCGCAAGUUAUCAUUAACUAUUAGAACACCUCGAGGGCCUGCGGUGUCAUUGGACAAACGAAGCAAGACAUGUCGAAGUCUCGCAGGCAAUAAUAAAUCCACAGCUAGGGUCUCACGUAGCAGUGGCCUGAUAUCAAGCAUUACUGCUCCUACUAACCAUGGCCCAACGAAGGAGGCAACAGUCGGUAGACGAAGCCAUGGCAACAUUCCAGUGACUAUUAUUCCUCCUAUCGACCAUUCCCGGACGGGAGAGGCUGUCGACCAUAGUCCGACGGACGGAGCUCCAGUCGGUAGACAGAUGGGCCAGACACAAAGUUACGACAGUGACCCGCUACGGAAUGCUAGUAAUGCUCAGCUUGAAAAACAAAGUGACAUAUCCAGCGGUAGCAUCACCGGGGAAACUGCUGUCAGCAGACUCGAGGCCUUGAUCAAAGACCAUAAACCCGUCAAAACAUCCCUCACCAAGGGCGCGAUCGACAGACUGGUGAAGAUUGUCAGAAAGAUGUCUAUCCAGAAUCUGCCAGAGACCACAAUGCCUCACAUGAGACCGCCCGAAUCCGUCAAAGAAUUAUGGGAGCAAUACAAGCAAUUCGACCGCCAGUGUAUGGAAAGGCGUCGGGUGUUCCAAAUGGCGCUGACAUACUGUUGGGUCAGAGAAAUAGAGAGGCGUCCAACGCGAACGGAUAAUGAAAAGAUCCUCGAGGAAAUCGCCUUGAACGUGGGGAUCCCGAAAGAAGACACCAAGGAGAUGUACGGACUGUAUGCCUGUGGUGUCACGCUAUUGAGUCUACAACCAAGGGUGUGGAUCAUGACAGCGGGUAUGAAGCUGGAUUCGUACUUCACCAGAUUAAGCGCCGAGGCCACAACAGUUCUCCAUAAGUAUAUAGACACAUACUGGGGGAACUCAGUCGAGCUUGACCGUACCGUCGUCGAAAGAGUUCGAGAGAUUGUUCCUAUCAUACCUGAAUUUGAUAGCUGUGCCUCGACUUAUUACAAGCAAGCAUUAGCACGCUCGCCGCUACCCUUGACUAUUAAAGAAAGACACGGACACUCCACUAUGAGUCCAACAACUAUAUCGAGUCGACAGUCGAGUGCGCGCCCAUAUUCAUCAAAUCUAUCCGCAAGUACAUUUUCGGGUGCGGAUUCGAACAGUGUCGAUCAUUACGAUCACAAAAAUGCAGGUUCUAGGAAGCGGUGGAUAUCAGAAGGCCAAGACCAACAGAAGCGGAAGCGUUUGCUCGCCAAUCAAGACACUCCUAUCAUAUUGGAGCACACAACUACAUCCCCACAGAGCUCGAAUGGACUAAUUCCGGAAGUUAUUGCAAACGACCCCACAAUCCUCGCAACCACACCAUCGCAGAUAUCUCCCGAAGUCCUAGACCGCAAUCAAGCUCAACAGGCGACAAACUUAGGGCUAACGACAGACUCGGACAUGCGGGAAGACGUGAUUAUCCAGAAUAACUCGCUCGUCCUACGAGACAACUACAACCAUUUCCCAUCGCUCGAUGGUUUCGGACAGAGUUUCACGGCGAUGACCCAGGAUGUCUCGUUCGUCUUUCCACCAGACAGAUUUGAUCAGCUCGAUGGUUUCGGGCAGAAUUUUACGGCUAACAUUGAUGGAUUCGGGUAUCCAAUGCCUGUUUCAUAG